CGCCUUGACCGCGAAAAACAAAAGGGAAAAGAAAAGAAAAGAAAAAGAAACCGCGCGGCACCAAACAAGGAGGGAGAGGGAAGAGGGUGAGGAGGAAGAGAGGAGAGAGAAACCCUAAUCGAAAUGGGCAAGCUCCUCUGCGACCCCUCCGCCGCCGCCGUCGCCGAGGCCCUGCCGCCGUCCCCCGCCCCGGCCCCGCCGCCGCCGCUCCUCGCCUGGCCCUCCCCGGGCCCCGCCCUCGAGGCCUCCACCGCGCCCGCGGGCUGGGACGCCGUCUGGGCGCUCGAGGACCAGCAGCGCCGCCGCCUGCUCCGGAUCUGGGAGCGGGGCGUCGCGUGGAAGCCCUCCCCGCCGGGCGGCGAGGAGGCGGCGCCGGCGCCCGUGGUCUUCCGCCUCGACCACGGCGGGGAGGUCGACGCCGACGGCAACUGCCUCUUCACCGCCGCGCGGACGGCCGCCGCCGCCAAGGCCGACGCGCGCGAGCUCCGGCACCGCGCCGUGCGCCGGUUCGCCGAGGUCUACGCCGCGGCGGGGGAGGACGACAGGGGCGCCGUUGACGCGGCCGUGGGGCACCUCUACGCGCCGGAUCUCAAGGCUGGGUGGGGCGUCCACGUCGUGCAGGAGAUCAAGGUGCUCGCGCCCAAGGCCCAGCGCGACGCGCUCGACGCGGCAAUCCAGGAGCUCGUCGAUCUUGGCAUCCAGAGGGAAAUUGCAGCUGAAACUAUCUACAAGGAGAGAUGUAUCGCUGUAAACAAUGGAGAAAGUUGGGCCAAGUAUAUGUCCAUUUCUGGUUCCGCAGAGGAUGAGCAUGACAUUAUCACCCUGCAGUACACAGAAGAGGGCUUACUAACAAUCGAUGAGAACAGGGAUGGCCGCGCAGCUGCAUUUGGUGAUGAUAUUGCCAUUGAGUGCCUGGCAAACGAGUUCAAGAGAGAAGUUUAUGUGGUGCAAGCUCAUGGAUCAGAUGCAAUGAUUGAUGAGGACAAUUGUGUCUUCUUCCUCCCACAUCGUCCUAGAGGAGAAAUUUGUGGACCACCAAUUUUUCUAUUCAUGAAAGGAACAGCCUGGUGCGGUGCUGGUGCAGACCAUUACGAGCCUUUGAUUGCCACUGUCCUUCAGCAUGUUACUCCAGACAAGGCAGCUGUUGUACUUUGAGGAUGACUGUGGCUUUUUUCCUUAGUUUUUAGUCAGCAGUGGAGUUGAGACAAUUUUGUUAUUGGAGCUAGAGGUGCUGAAUUGAGGAGCAACAUCUUGCCCAAGAGAGGAGAGAUAUGAGUAUCUGACUGUGUUGCAGGGUCUUGCCUGCUUCUGAAUCUUUGUACCAUGAUUCGCUUUGUAUUGUGAUUUUGUUGUUGUUGUAUGUUUAUGAAUAUGUUCUGACUAGUGAGGAUAUUCAGAGAGUGGUAGAAUACCGGAUCUAGAUUUUUUGGGGUCUGAUGUUGUUUGCCAUUGUCAGCCGGCAUUUUUGUAUUACCUCUUUUGAGGAUUGUUUUUGUUGCCUGAGUUUAGGGAAUCAUUAUUGGACAUUUGGAAUGGAAUCAAUUCCUUUUUGGUGUUUAA